CAUAAGUCUCAUUGAAAACAUAUUUAAAAUGAAGGUAUAUCAAUUGAAAUUCCUCGGUUUGAGUUGAUACAAAUUGAUAAUCAAGCUGAUUGUGAAUGGAAACGUGGGUUUGAUUACAAAUGUGGGUCGUUCUGAAUGAAGCUUGAUUUUACAUAAUAUUCGUACUGGAUUCUUUUGAAGGUGCACUGAAGGGGAUAUCAAUCCUUCGACGAUAUAAAAUGGUAUGCAUUCCUCUUAUCAAUCAGUCAGUUUUUCGUGAAUCAACUGUGAAGACCAGAAAAAUGUUCAGCAAAAUAUCCCUGUUAUGCUUGGUGGCAUGUGCCUCUGCAGUACCAAUUUUCGAACCAUCAGCUCAGUCGUACUCCACCCAAACUAAACACACUACAAUUCACACUGGUGCUGCCAUCCUUGGUCACUUAGCUCCUGUUGCCGCUGUUCAUGUUCCUGUACAUGCUGUGCAUGCUCCAGCUAGUUCCUACUCCACUGUCUCCUUUGGACACUCUUCAGUACAAGCUGCUCCUGCUUUAGCUCACUCUGCUCCAGUUUAUCAUUAUUCCCCAGUUUACCAUACUGUGCCAGUGGUACACUCUGCUCAGCUCAUCCAUGCCGUUUCUAACGAAAAACAGAAUGAAGAAGAACACUAUGCCCCAGCUCACUACCAAUACAAAUAUGGAGUUGAAGAUCAUCACACUGGUGACAUCAAAUCCCAGGAAGAAUCUCGUGAUGGUGAUGUAGUAAAGGGUUCCUACUCUCUUCACGAAGCUGACGGUACCAUCAGGACUGUGAAAUACUCAGCCGACAAAAAUGGAUUCAAUGCUGACGUACAAAAGUCAGGACACGCUGUUGAAAGUCAUGCAGCUCCAACUCACACACUUCUUCAUUUUUAGAGCACUAUGAUAAUUAGGCUGAAUUUUCAUUGUUAUUUUGUUUUAUGAGUUGAUUUCUAUUGUUUCGUUUUUAUAUUCAAUAAA